UAUGUCGAUUAAUCUCUCCGUUUCGCCAUCGUCGUUAUUCGUAAAUCGUCAUUUUUUUGAGUUUUUACAUCGCGUAUCUAUACGUACUUACGUAUCUUUUGAAGUUUCCGACUUCGUUCGAUUUGAAUUCACUCGUAAUUGCCGCGCAGCCAUGUCGCGAAUAUAACAAAAUAAGUCAAGAGUGUCAGAGUGCACGAAACAUGUGUUAGGUUUUUUUUAUCACCGACUGUUAUCUACUCUUGUGUCCUAGUCGUCGAUUACACUGACCUCUCGCUUGCCGCUGCUACACAAACUACGACAAAAGUGACCCGAAAAAUUAUUUAUCUCUCGCCGAGGUUCUGAGAGACAGGAGCGGACGAAAACACUGACCUCGUCAUCUCUAUCCGGCCCCCUCCCUCCGUUUUCACACAGAGGUAAGUCAAAGGCCAACGACGUGACGAACACGGUCCACGGUUUUUUUUCUCCUCUCCCCGAACGCGUUUCGCGAUUGAUCACUGUAAGCCGAAAUGGCCUACGGUAUGUUGCACGUCGUCAGAAGUCUGCCCAAGAAUGCCCUGAAGACUACCGCAGCCGUCAGACGGACGGCCCAAUUUCAGGUUUCAAACGAGACACAUAGAGUCCACCAAAGGUUCGAACCUGUCUGUCCAGCGAGAAGAUUGUCAACAGUUGCUACUUCUUGUCCGAUAUCGCUUUAUAGUUCAUCCAAUAGACGGUCAUUUGAUCAAUGCCGUUAUUUUCAAACAAGCGCAAUUCUCUGGGAAGAACAUGUUUUAAAGACACCAGCAUUUGCCGAUUCAGUGUCAGAAGGUGACAUGAGAUGGGAAAAAAAUGUUGGAGAUACAGUAGCAGUAGACGAAGUGGUUUGUGAAAUCGAAACAGAUAAAACAUCAGUUCCUGUUCCUUCACCAGUCAAUGGAAUUAUUGAAAAGCGACUUGUUGAAGAUGGUGCUACUGUUAAAGCUGGACAAGAUUUAUGUACAAUUACCAUCACAGAAGGAGCACCUGCACCAGCCAAAGCAGCUCCUAAAGUUGAAGAUACCCCUAAAGCUGCAGAACCGGAAACACCUGCGGCUGCAGCAGUAGCUACUCCUGUUUCUGCACCACCACCACCCCCACAGGCACAACAAUCGCCGCCACCACCUCCUCCUCCAAGAGCUGCACCACCUGCAGCUGCCCCUCAAAUAUCAAAACAACCAACUGCCACUGUUAAAAUACCACCAGCCGAUCCCACUAAAGAAAUUGGUGGAACUAGAACAGAAUAUCGUGUUAAAAUGAAUCGUAUGCGAUUACGUAUUGCCCAACGCUUGAAGGAUGCUCAAAAUGUUAAUGCCAUGUUGACCACUUUUAAUGAGAUAGACAUGAGCUCAAUCAUGGACUUCCGUAAAACUAACCUUGAUGCUUUUCAAAAGAAGCACGGUUUGAAAUUAGGUUUCAUGUCUGCAUUCUUAAAAGCAUCUGCUUAUGCCCUACAAGAUCAACCAGUUGUUAAUGCUGUAAUAGAAGGCAAUGAAAUUAUCUACAGAGAUUAUGUAGACAUAUCUGUAGCUGUAGCAACUCCCAAAGGUUUAUUAGUACCUGUCGUGCGCAAUGUACAAGACAUGAAUUAUGCAGAUAUUGAAAAAACAAUUGCUGCUCUUGGGGAAAAAGCAAAAAGAGGUGCUAUUGAUGUUGAAGAUAUGGACGGUGGUACUUUUACUGUCAGUAAUGGUGGAGUCUUUGGAUCUCUAAUGGGAACACCAAUCAUCAACCCACCACAAUCUGCUAUUUUGGGAAUGCAUGGAAUUUUUGAAAGACCUAUUGCUGUAAAAGGACAGGUUGUCAUAAGACCCAUGAUGUACAUAGCCUUAACAUACGAUCAUAGGCUUGUAGAUGGACGUGAAGCUGUAUUGUUCUUACGCAAAAUUAAAGCUGCCAUCGAGGAUCCUAGAAUAAUUAUUGCAGGAUUAUAAACAACAAAAUAAUUUAAAGCCAGCCGUACUUAGACAUAACAAGCACUUAUUAAUUUAAUUAUAUUAUAUUAUAUUGAAUUUAUUCCUAUAA